CGCAGAAAUCGCUCCUCCUCCCUCUCUCCGGCUUUGUACCCAUAGCUGAACCCACGCCGCGGCUACCUUCUCCAGGAUACCGGGGCUGAUAAACAUUCUACAAUGGCUCUCCACGUCCCCAAAGCUCCGGGCUUUGCCCAAAUGUUAAAGGAUGGUGCUAAGCACUAUUCAGGCCUUGAGGAGGCAGUCUUCCGAAACAUCAGAGCCUGUAAGGAGCUUUCUCAGACCACACGCACUGCCUAUGGCCCGAAUGGGAUGAACAAAAUGGUCAUCAACCACUUGGAGAAGCUGUUUGUUACCAAUGAUGCUGCAACAAUUCUCAGAGAGCUUGAGGUGCAGCAUCCUGCCGCCAAAAUGAUUGUGAUGGCAUCCCACAUGCAAGAGCAGGAGGUUGGAGAUGGUACAAACUUUGUCCUGGUGUUUGCUGGAGCUCUGCUGGAACUAGCUGAAGAACUGCUAAGGAUGGGCCUGUCUGUUUCAGAGGUCAUCGAAGGUUAUGAGAAGGCAUGUAAGAAGGCUCUGGAGAUCCUGCCAGACUGUGUAUGUUCUUCAGCUAAGAACCUUCGUGAUGCCAAUGAGGCUACGUCACUUAUUCGUACAGCAGUCAUGAGUAAACAGUAUGGCAACGAGGACUUCCUCUCCAACCUAAUCGCACAGGCUUGUGUUUCCAUCUUCCCAGACUCCGGCAAUUUCAAUGUUGAUAAUGUCAGAGUAUGCAAGAUUUUGGGCUGUGGUGUGACUGCAUCCUCUGUGUUACAUGGGAUGGUUUUCAAGAAGGAAGCAGAGGGAGAUAUCUCUUCUGUCAAAGACGCCAAGAUUGUUGUUUUCUCCUGCCCCUUUGACUGCACGGUGACAGAAACAAAGGGCACAGUGCUGAUAAAUAAUGCACAAGAGCUUAUGAACUUCAGUAGGGGAGAAGAGGAUUUGAUGGAGACUCAGGUGAAGGCCAUCAAGGAGGCUGGUGCCAAUGUGGUGGUAACUGGGGGAAAAGUGGCUGAUAUGGCUCUGCACUAUGCCAAUAAGUACAAGCUUAUGGUGGUUAGGCUUAAUUCAAAGUGGGAUCUCAGAAGGUUGUGCAAGACUGUGGGUGCUGUAGCGCUGCCCAGGCUGAUAGCUCCAACUCCUGAGGAGAUGGGUCACUGUGACAAUGUCUAUCUGACAGAGGUGGGGGACACGCAGGUUGUGGUCUUCAAACAUGAGAGGGAGGAUGGCACCAUUUCCACAGUGGUGAUUAGAGGCUCCACAGACAACCUGAUGGAUGAUAUUGAGAGAGCUGUAGAUGAUGGAGUCAACACAUUUAAGGUUCUGGUCAGGGACAAUCGACUGAUACCUGGAGCAGGAGCCACUGAGAUUGAGCUGGCCAAACAGAUCACCUCAUACGGAGAAUCCUGCCCGGGUCUGGAGCAGUAUGCCAUUAAGAAGUUUGCUGAAGCUUUUGAGGCUUUGCCACGAGCACUGGCUGAGAACUCUGGCGUGAAGGGGAGUGAGCUCAUCUCUAAAUUGUACUCCGCCCAUCAUGAGGGAAACAAAAACAUUGGCUUUGACAUUGAGGGAGAAGGCCCUGCAGUGAAGGACAUGCUUGAAGCUGGUAUUGUGGAGCCUUACCUGGUCAAAUACUGGGGUGUCAAGCUGGCCACCAAUGCAGCCAUCACAGUACUGAGAGUUGACCAGAUCAUCAUGGCUAAAGCUGCAGGGGGACCCAAAACCCCCAAGCAGAAAGGCCAUUGGGACAAGGACGAUUGGGAUGAAGAGCCUGACCAUUUUGAUACUCACCAUUAGGGGGCAGACACACACCCUCUGUCAAUCAUCAUGGCCAAACCAGCAGGAGGACCCAAACCUCCACAGGGCAACAAGAACUUUGAUGAAGAUGACUGAACCUGAUGAAAUCCAGCCGAUGCGUCCUUAACCCUGGUCCCACAUGGAUUCACAAACCCAAAUUCUUUUCUACUUGUUUAUUUAAAGCUCAACACUUGGUUUAUUUUGUAGAAAUGACACAUGCAUUGGUUUAACUGAGUUGUGUUUAUGGAUGGCACUGUUUGCUUUUUAUGUUAUUAGUCCCAAAUAAAAGGCACUUGCUCUGUCA